AUGGGUCUCCACAAGGACCGGCUCCAGGUCCUGACAGACCACCCGGGCCGAGGACCCCAUGAAGGUUUCCCCCGCUACACAAUAAACGCAGAGGAACGACUAUCACCACCCACCGACAACAACCACGUGGACUCACCCGCACUCCCCGGACGGGGAAAGACUCAACCACAGGGUGGCUCCGGGACACAGACAACUACCAAACAACAAAGAAAGAGGCUGGAGAGUCACAACACAAAGAAGCCGAAAUGCCGCAAGCCCCAGAAGACAGCCUGA